AUGGUAUCAAAUGUUCUUUAUCAGUUUCUCUUAAAUACUCUAAUGGAGGUCAUAAAGCUAAGAAAAUCAUGUCUUUUGAUUCAGAACAAACAAGAUGAACAAAAUUUUGAUGAAAAACGUGUCGAUGACAAUCUUGCAAACGACCUAAGCUUACUUGAACUUGGACCUGAAGGAUGGGAUAACGCCUCUCUUUAUUAUCAAAUUUGGGAAAGCUUUAAUUUGUUACAACCUCACAACAAUCUUACAUCCACAAAUACUCCAACAGCCAUCUCGCCUUCCCUUCUUCCUCCACUUAGCCCUCUUGAAAUUUCUUCGGACGUUUCGUCAGCUUCUACGACACGUCCUUCCACCCCUCCUCUAAACUACACCUUCAUUGAUCAUCAAGUGGUACCACAGGACAACACCACUCAGCAAACACUCGUUGACGAUUCAAUUGAAACCACAAAGAAAACUCAACCGAAUCAAAAAAAAUCAUCAAAAGGCUCAGAAAGAAACAAAGGAUCAAAAAAGUCAAAAAAUAUCAAGAAGCAUAAUUCAACGAAAAGAAAUAAAAGUGGCUCAGGACCCAAAGUUCUAGUUAUAUACCCACCUAGAAAAUAUGAAAAUGUGAUAUUCAAUCAAGACGAGGAUAACUAUAAUACAACUGUCGUCGGUCCGGAGAAAACUUUUAACAACGCAGGCCCCUCUUUGUCUAAUAAUGUUUUAGAUAACUCAAGUAACGUCCCAACAGACACUCGUUUAAACACAGAAUGCAAUUACCUUACUUCUCAAAUGGUUGACUUUAGGAAUAACACUAUGCCAUUCCUAAAUCCAACCUUCUAUUAUGGUUAUUAUGGCCAUUAUGAUUCAACAAUCGAUGUUGCCGAGAUGAACUCUGAAACAUUUUUCACCACGAUGGACUUUGAAAACGAAAUCUCAUUCACGAAUGAUUGCGUAUGGAGAAAUUAA